UCUAGUGAUAAAAAAAUCCAAUGAAAUACUUCAAGUGAUAAACUUCAAAAUUUUCGUAUUUUCAACGUCAAUUUUAUACACCUCGUAAAAUUUCCUCGCUAUAUAGCUUGAAUAAUGUGAAGAUAUGAAUUGUAGAGCAGAAAAAUUUGUUAACUGUGGGGCGAAACGUUGUAAAGGUGCGUACGGUAAUUUUUCAUCGAGUCAAAAUAAUUUGGACGAUUAUUUACAACUAAACGUACCGAAGAAAAAUCGAUCGCCCAACGCGAGUACGAACGAUUUGGACGAUUAUACGAAUCAAAAAUAUCAAACGAGCACAUUCAAAACCACCCGACGUACCUCCCAAAACGGUACUGAAGACCAACAACAAAAUUUUGUUGCCCAAAAUCGUGGGACAGAUCAAAUCAAAAACGUUUUUAUGGUUAAUCAGAACCUAAAAAUGACCGAAUCCGCCAUUUUGUCUACGUUACGUUCUGUAAGAGCUCCCAUCGUCAAUUAUCAAGAAACUCGCGGAGUUUCUAGAAAUGAGCAAAUAUCGUUUAUAAAUCUAAUCACUUCACUUUGUACGCAUGCGUAUACCGCGGCCAUUACCAUUCUAGUGAUGUUAUGGAACUUGGCUCCGUUAUUAGAUGGUUUCGUUUAUUUCGCUCGAUUCACCGUAGACAAACUUAUCGAUAUUUUCGAAACAGACGAUCCCAAAGAAAAAAUAAUAAAAACGGCUGUGUUUGCGGGAGAAAUAAUCAUUAUACUAUUUUUGAUAUUUCUAAUAAUCGGACUUAUAUUUAUGCCGGUUUAUGUACUCACGGCUAGAAUUAUAAGUAAGAUUUGGGGUAUGAUAGGCUGGUAGAUAUAUAUAAAAUAUAUUCUGUGAGAUU